GAGAAGAAAGAGACUAAUAUUAUUGUUUUUUCUGAACUGGAAUGGGGCACAUUUCUCUUCUGGAACAUAAGUAGCGUGCAAACUUCGACCGGGACCGGCGAUAUCCGCCAUGGCCACCACCACUGCCGCCGCUCGCUGGAGCUUCCCCGCCCGUCUCCAGCUCCUCACCAGCCGCCGCUUUUGCUUCCCCGCCUCCUCUGCCGCGCCGCCCAGUUCUGUAGCGGGGUUCAGUUGGGCCGACGCCCUCCGCGUCGCUGGGGACGGCGGGCGCGGCGACGAGUCCGACCUCUCCGGGUACUUCCGGAAGGUCAAGAGCUGCAACCGCGGAAUGGAUAAAAAAGGGCAGUUCGUGAAGUUCUCUGUGGAGGAUCAGGUCGUGGGGUACAUCCACAAGGGAUUUAUCGAACACAUCAGAGACUUUCAUGAUGUUUUUACCAUUGUCAUGGAUGACAAUGGCAGCAACACUGUGGAGCAUGUGUCUCUCCAGUCAUCACUAAGGACUCCAGAAGACCGAACACAUGCUAUUGGAAGUGUCAUUAAAAGCCUUGGAGAAUUGAUUCCAGGUAUUCGAAAUGAGCUCUACCCAGUAACGUCAUCUUAUGGCAUGCCUGUGUACUUCUCUCUGGAACGUGCUGCUGCUCCUUACUUUGGUAUAAAAGCUUAUGGAGUUCAUAUGAAUGGGUAUGUUGAGAAGGAUGGUCAGAAAUUUCUUUGGAUUGGUAAACGGAGUGAUGUGAAGCAAACAUAUCCAGGAAUGCUUGAUCAUCUUGUUGCGGGUGGCCUGCCAUACGGAAUGUCCUGCAAAGAGAAUAUCAUCAAGGAAUGUGAGGAGGAAGCUGGAAUCACAAGAUCCAUAUCAACAAAUGCUACUUCUGUUGGAGCGGUUUCUUAUAUGGAUAUUGAAGGCUUUAGAUACAAAAGGGAUGUUCUCUUCUGCUAUGACCUCCAACUUCCUGCUGAUUUUGUUCCUAAUAAUGAAGAUGGUGAGGUUGAUAGCUUCAGACUAGUCCCUGUUAUACAUGCUGCAAACAUUAUAAGGAGGACAGAUUUUUUCAAGCCGAACUGCAACCUUGUGAUCAUCGACUUCCUCUUCCGUCAUGGGUACAUAAACCCAGAUUCUCGUUGUUACUUAGAUCUGCUGCAAAGCUUGAGGAGUGGAACCUUCAGACUCGGAACAAAGCUGUUCACAAUAUAAAAAGCAUGGUCGGGACGAAGGUCGAAUCAACUCCGAAGCUACGCGCAAAGGAGCUUCAACUCAGUAACAGAAAAAGGAACCGACUUAAAGAGGAAAAUGCUAUCUAGUCCUCGAUAGAUUGUCCUUAAGUCAAUUGUAAACAUGAAGGACAUGAAUGUAAUUUUACACAGGCUACGCUCUGUGCCUAUAAAUAGAUGAACAGUACCCCCGUACUGUUCACGCUGACUUGUAUUCGCUCGUGCGUCACGCUUGGUCUUUUGUCUUCUGUUAAGCCGAAGGUACAAAUGUAAUUCAAUAUUGUUCAUGUUCAUUUAUGAUGAUAUAAUAAAGAUAUAUUAAGAA